GGAGGAGAGACUCUGCAGUGUCUCGGUAGCUGCAUUAUUCCAUCUCCCACCUUCCACGAUGCCUCCGCGCGCACAGCCUGUCUCCUCCGCGCGCGCUUCACAACGCACACCGACAUGAAGUCUCCAAACUGAACCCGGACAAUUCCGGAAGCAGCCCGGAGCGCUCGUCAAAUCCUACACGCGCCCAAACAACCGUGACGAGAUUUUAACUUACUAUUUUUAUUUUAUUUCGUUUUUUAUGGAAAAUGGCGAUAGGCAGAAGGUGUCACAGCGUCGUCUGCUUGGUGUGUGUGGUGAUGAUGCUGAGAACGUCGUGGCCUGGAGCAGAGGGUCUAACCUUCCCACAGCAGUACACGAUAAUGCACUGGGCCCGGCGUAUCGAGCAGGAGAUUGAUAGAGUCUUUCACCACAUCACUGGAGCUCAGCAGUUGAAAGGGAUAUACAAUGAAGAGAGACGGCGAUUUAGCCUGGUGAAGAAUCAGCCUCGGAAGAUUGUGGAGAAGGUGGCAUCAGAUAUAGAAAAACUUCUGGCUAAGAAGCACAAAGCACUUGAUCGGUUAGCCAGAGAGGCAGAACGACUCCAGCGAGAACAUUCAUGGCAGGAUGGAAUCAAGGAGAUGGACAUGGCAUAUUAUGAUUCGAAGGCUGAGUUGGAUUAUUAUGCCAUGGAUGGCGAUGGAGAGGUGGAAAAUCCUUCUCACAUCAAACUGGAGUUUGUUUAUGAUCCAAAUUUCAAAAACAAUGUCAACUACUCAUACACCGCUGUGCAGAUUCCCACUGAUAUUUACAAAGGAGCUCCUGUCAUUUUGAAUGAGCUAAACUGGACUCAGGCACUGGAGAAGGUAUUUAUUGAGAACAGUCGAGAGGAUCCAUCACUGCUGUGGCAAGCAUUCGGCAGCGCGACAGGAGUUACGCGCUAUUACCCAGCUACUCCUUGGAAAGCGCCUGAUAAAAUCGAUUUGUAUGAUGUUCGUAGGAGGCCAUGGUACAUCCAAGGAGCCUCAUCUCCCAAAGACAUGGUCAUUCUCGUUGAUGUGAGUGGCAGUGUCAGUGGACUCACCCUGAAACUGAUCAAGGCGUCUGUGAUGGAAAUGCUGGACACUCUGUCUGAUGAUGACUAUGUCAAUGUGGCCAGGUUUAACGAGAAGGCAGAGGCUGUGGUUCCUUGUUUCAAACAUCUGGUACAGGCUAACGUGCACAACAAAAAGAUCUUCAAGGAAGCAGUGCAGCAAAUGCAAGCUAAAGGGACAACUGACUACAAGUCCGGAUUUCACUUUGCCUUCAACCAGCUGUUAAAUAAAACCAACGUCCCUCGUGCUAACUGUAAUAAAAUAAUCAUGCUGUUUACUGAUGGAGGAGAGGACAGAGCUCAGGAAGUCUUCAUGCAGUACAACUGGCCCAACAAAACGGUUCGAGUAUUUACAUUUUCUGUGGGCCAGCACAACUAUGAUGUCACACCAUUACAGUGGAUUGCGUGCACCAAUAAAGGUUACUAUUUUGAGAUCCGUUCCAUCUGUGCCAUAAGGAUUAACACCCAGGAGUAUCUUGACGUGCUGGGCCGUCCCAUGGUUCUGGCAGGCAGCGAAGCCAAGCAGGUUCAGUGGACCAACGUAUAUCAAGAUGCCUUGGGACUUGGCAUGGUAGUAACUGGAACUUUACCUGUGUUUAAUCUCACCAUGGACGGAAACUCACAGGUAGCGACACUGCAGAAUCAGCUAAUAUUAGGUGUGAUGGGAGUUGACGUCCAUCUUGAUGAGAUAAAGCGACUAACACCUCGAUACAAUCUUGGAGCUAACGGAUACAUAUUUGCCAUUGAUCCAAAUGGAUAUCUUCUCCUUCAUCCUAACCUUCAGCCAAAGCUGGUCAACCUUCCUGAGCCUGUGACUCUGGACUUUCUUGAUGCUGAGGUAGAGGACAGCAAUAAGGAGGAGAUCCGCAGACAAAUGAUUGAUAGACGAGCAGGUGACAUGCAGAUAAAAACACUUCUUAAGUCAGUUGAUGAGCAAUACAUUGACGAGGUGUACAGAGGUUACACCUGGACUGCAAUCAAUGCUACAGAUUACAGUCUUGGCUUGGUAUUACCACCCUACAAUGAAUACUACAUCCAGGCAGACCUGAGUGAUGUGAUGCUACAGCUCCAGUACAUGCAGUCACUGCUGCCCAGUUCUUUUGAAUCAUCAGGUCAUGUGUUUCUGGCUCCCAGGGAGUAUUGCAAGCGCCUGCAGCUUUCCGACAAUAACACCCAGUUCUUGCAGAACUUCCUGUCUCUCAUGUUGGACAUUUCUCCAGAGUCUGAUGAGUGUGACCAAGGUCUCAUCCACAAUCUAAUUUUGGAUUCUCGGAUCAUUGGGCAGCUGGCUUCACGCAUAUGGAAGAACAAGGACCUGAAUUCGUACGGAUUCCUGGCUGUAUUUGCAUCGACAGAUGGAGGAAUAACACGCAUUUUCCCCAAUGUUGCUGCAGAGCUGUGGGAUGAGGAUCCUGAACCUUUUAAUUCGAACUACUACAGACGGAGCCUCGACAACAGAGGCUACAUGUUCAGAGCUCCUACAAAAACAUCAUUAGAUGACCUUCUAGGUGCAGAAAAUGGCACUGUUGGAGUACUGGUUACUUCUGCUGUAGAGGUUAAUUUAGGAGGAAAACUUCUCAAACCUGCAGUGGUUGGAGUGAAGCUCGACUUAGAAGCAUGGGUGGAUAAGUUUAAAAUCCUGGCCAGUAACGUGUCGGACAGUCGUCAGGGUUCACACAAGUGUGGACCGUCCAGGAGCUGUGAGAUGGACUGUGAAGUGAACACUGAUGACCUCCUCUGUUAUCUCAUUGAUGACGGUGGUUUCCUGGUCAUGUCCAAUCAGAGAGAUCACUGGAAAAAGGUGGGUCUGUUUUUUGGUGAUGUUGACCCUUUCCUGAUGCAUGCACUCUACAACAACUCUAUCUACACCCGUCGCCAAACUUUCCACUACCAGUCUGCAUGUGAACCAGUCAGCAGCAGCCACACUGGUGCCGCACCCAGAGGCAUCUUUGUGCCUUCUGUUGCUGACCUCCUCAGCUUGGCGUGGUGGACGUCCACAGUGGCAUGGUCUGUAAUCCAGCAGAUACUUUAUGGAAUUGCCUCCAGCAGCUGGUUUUACCAAGGUGAUACUCUGGUAGAAGGUUUUGAGACAAAGGGAAGCAGUUGUGUCACCAUCCAAAGCCAGUUCUACUUUACAAACACCACAAACUCCUACAAUGUGCUGCAGGACUGUGGAAACUGCUCACGGCUGUUCCAUGCGAUGCGGAUUGAAAACACCAACCUUCUGUUUGUAGUUGCUGAGACGCUGCCCUGCAGCUCCUGUGAGACAGAGAGACUGACCCAGGUCAGGACAGAAUUUCAGGAGGAAAACCCCUGUGAAGUUCUGAGUAACGCACGGUAUCGUAAAGGCCCAAAGAACUGCUUUGACUACAGUGCCUUAGAGAACACGUCAGAGUGUGGACGGGGUUAUUCUGUGCAGUGCUCCACAGCGAUCCUUCUCUUUCUUCAGCUUCUUCUGCCUUUCUUUCAUCUCUGGCAUGUGCAUAAAUCCUAAAUGACAUCUUUCAUCUCCCCUGGGUUAGGCUCGGAUCUACUGGCAGUCAGAUAAAACAGCAG